AGCGCUGGACCUCUGAGAUGUCUGGACAGCCGGAUGAGCUCUGCCCACGUCCCUCCUCGGCCAAUCGGCUCCCAGGGACGGCCCCUCUCCUCGGCCCGACUUUCCUCCACGUCCCCCGGCCUCUCCUCCAUCGCCCAGGAGGCUCUUCCGGGCCCUGAAGCGCUUUCCCGGGGACCGGCUGGUCGGUGCGGCCUCCGAGGCGUCCUUUCGGCCCCUCUCCUGGCUGCAGGCAACGGCGGGGCGCAGGAACCCGAUAGAACCAUGGCGACUCCCUCUGCUGCCUUUGAGGCCCUUAUGAAUGGAGUGACAAGCUGGGAUCUCCCUGAAGAUGCCGUCCCAUGUGAACUGCUCCUUAUUGGAGAGGCCUCUUUUCCCGUGAUGGUGAAUGACGUGGGCCAAGUCCUCAUUGCUGCCUCCUCCUACGGCCGAGGCCGCUUGGUGGUACUGUCCCAUGAGGACUACUUAGGGGAAGCCCAGCUCACUACCUUCCUCCUCAAUGCUGUGGGCUGGCUUCGCUCCUCCCCCGAAUCUUCCAUUGGUGUGCACCCAUCUCUGGCACCUUUGGUUAAAAUCCUUGAGGGCUCUGGCAUAGAGGCAAAGAUUGAGCCAGAAGUGAGUGACUCCCUGGGUGUUUACUGUAUCGAUGCAUACAAUGAGACCAUGACAGACGAGCUGGUCCAGUUCAUGAAGCGUGGAGGGGGCUUGCUCAUGGGAGGCCAAGCCUGGGAUUGGGCCAACCAGGGUGAAGAUGAAAGGGUUCUGUUCACCUUUCCUGGGAAUCUGGUGACCAGUGUGGCCGGUGUGUACUUCACCGACAACAAAGGGGACACAAGUUUCUUUAAGGUCUCCAAGAAGAUGCCAAAGAUCCCUGUCUUAGUUAGCUGUGAAGAUGACCUCUCGGAGGACAGAGACGAGCUCCUGCACGGUAUUUCGGAGCUGGACAUCACCAACUCGGACUGUUUCCCGUCGCAGCUGCUCGUGCACGGCGCCCUGGCUUUCCCCCUGGGGCUCGAUUCCUACCACGGCUGCGUGAUCGCGGCUGCCCGCUACGGCCGGGGCAGGGUGGUGGUGACCGGCCACAAGGUCCUGUUCACCGUGGGCAAGCUGGGCCCCUUCCUGCUCAACGCUGUCCGCUGGCUGGACGGGGGUCGCCGAGGCAAGAUCGUGGUGCAGACGGAGCUGAGGACCCUGAGCGGCCUGCUGGCCGUGGGUGGCAUCGAUACCAGCAUCGAGCCCAGCCUCACCAGCGAUGCCAGCGUCUACUGCUUCGAGCCCAUGAGCGAAGUGGGCGUCAAGGAGCUGCAGGAGUUCGUGGCCGAGGGCGGCGGCCUGUUUGUGGGCGCGCAGGCCUGGUGGUGGGCCUUCAAGAACCCGGGGGUGUCCCCGCUGGCCCGAUUCCCGGGGAACCUGCUCCUGAACCCCUUCGGCAUCAGCAUCACCAGCCAGAGCCUCAACCCGGGGCCCUUCCGCACCCCAAAGGCCGAGAUCAGGACCUACCACUUCCGCUCCACCCUGGCCGAGUUCCAGGUGAUCAUGGGCAGGAAGCGCGGGAACGUGGAGAAGGGCUGGCUGGCCAAGCUGGGCCCCGACGGGGCAGCGUUCCUGCAGAUUCCCGCCGAGGACAUCCCGGCCUACAUGUCUGUCCACCGGCUCCUGCGCAAGCUGCUGAGCCGCUACCGGCUGCCCGUGGCCACGCGCGAGAGCCCCGUCAUCAACGACUGCUGCCGGGGGGCCAUGCUGUCCCUGGCCACCGGGCUGGCCCACUCGGGAAGUGACCUGUCCCUGCUCGUGCCCGAGAUCGAGGACGUGUACAGCAGCCCCUACCUGCGCCCCUCGGAGUCGCCCAUCACGGUCGACGUCGACUGCACCAAUCCAGGCACCCGAUACUGCUGGAUGAGCACCGGGCUCUACAUACCUGGGAGGCAAAUCAUCGAGGUCUCCUUGCCCGAAGAGGCUGCCUCCGCCGAUCUGAAGAUACAAAUUGGCUGUCACACUGAUGACCUGACGAGAGCCAGCAAGCUGUUUCGAGGUCCCCUUGUGAUUAACCGGUGCUGCUUGGACAAGCCCACGAAAUCCAUCACCUGUCUCUGGGGUGGCCUCCUUUAUAUCAUCGUGCCUCAAAGCAGCAAACUGGGUUCUGUGCCCAUCACCGUGAAGGGGGCUGUGCACGCUCCGUACUACAAGCUGGGGGAGACAUCCCAGGAGGAGUGGAAGAAGCGUAUCCAAGAGAAUCCAGGUCCCUGGGGAGAGCUGGCUACUGACAACAUCAUCCUGACGGUGCCGACUGCAAAUCUGCGCACGCUGGAGAACCCAGAGCCCCUGCUGCGCCUCUGGGAUGAGGUGAUGCAGGCUGUGGCCAAGCUGGGAGGCGAGACCUUCCCUUUGCGUCUGCCGCAGAGGAUCGUGGCGGAUGUGCAGAUCUCAGUCGGCUGGAUGCACGCGGGGUACCCCAUCAUGUGCCACCUGGAGUCAGUGCAAGAGCUCAUCAACGACAAGCUCAUCAGAACCAAAGGGCUGUGGGGCCCUGUCCACGAGCUGGGCCGCAACCAGCAGCGGCAGGAGUGGGAGUUCCCACCGCACACGACCGAGGCCACCUGCAACCUGUGGUGUGUUUACGUACAUGAGACAGUUCUGGGCAUUCCUCGAGGCCGCGCCAACAUUGCCCUGUGGCCCCCUGUUCGGGAGAAGAGAGUCCGAAUCUACCUGAGCAAGGGCCCCAACCUGAAGAACUGGAAUUCUUGGACUGCAUUGGAAACAUACUUACAGCUCCAGGAAGCCUUUGGCUGGGAGCCAUUCAUUCGUCUCUUCUCAGAGUACAGGAACCAGACCAACUUGCCCACAGACAACGUUGACAAAAUGAACCUGUGGGUCAAGAUGUUCUCCCACCAAGUGCAGAAGAACCUGGCUCCAUUCUUUGAGGCCUGGGCCUGGCCCAUCCAGAAGGAAUUGGCUACCAGCCUGGCCUACCUGCCUGAAUGGAAGGAAAAUAUUAUGAAAUUGUACCUCCUCACACAGAUGUAAGGAGUGCCCAUCGAGGUGGCAGGCCCCACUGAAAUGGAACUCAAGGAAUACAAAGGAAAACUGAUGUGGCUUGGCAAUGGAAACUGAAGGCAUUUGGUUGGAGAAGACGUCGACACCUUUCUGGAAGAGAGACCAUGCAUGAGGCACAAUAGUGGAUGGACAGUGUGAAGAUACCCUUCAGACAGAAUAGAAGCUGAUCUAAACAUUGUCACCCCUAAAAAGACUUAAGCACCAGAAGAUCCAUGUACUAAGUAAUUGUACCAGUUGUGAAUUGACCCCCAUCCUCCUGAGCCCCCUCCCUUGCACAUAGAACACAGACACCUACUCUUGGUACCAGUGAAAAUGUCAUUGUUAUUGUUGUUUGUAUAAAGGAAUCAAACCACCUGGGAGAGGUAAGAGUCAGUGUUCCAAAUGAACUUCUUUUUUGUGGAAGUAAGUGGCCCCCUAGCCUGUCAGCUAAUUCUCUACUAACAGUUUAGGCCCCUACUCAAAUAUCUGGGCGCUUCCACUCAUACAAAGAAGCUUGAUGAAACACACGUGAGCAUAAGAAACGCUCACUGAGUCCUAUAAAAGUCAGUACUUAACACUGAUUCUUAGAUGUGGAUCUUCAGGUAGGAACACCCAGACAUGGAGUGGAUGAAGAAAGGGCAGGGGAGAAGCAUAAAAACAACGAGUAAGGAUAAACAAGGGAGUUAAAAAAAAUACUACAAACUGAAAAAAAAUUGAUGUUAAAAAAAAAAAAACCUAGCAAAAUUCUUACUAUUUCUUCA